AUAAGGUCGUGUGGUGCAUCUGUGGUGGUGCCUGUGUGACUGACUGCCUGGGUUAUUAUCGUUUGAUCAUCGUCAUCAUUCAACCACUUUUCCCUUGUUAAGUGAAGCCUUCAACUCGACCAAUUAGCUAUUUAUUCCUCACUACCAGCAGCCGUGUACCGGUAGGCGGGCUCCGAAAUCCAACACUCCUCAUUUUAGUGUACGUACGCUCUGGCCCCUGGCAACAGACGUUGGGAUCACUCAGCACUUAGUCGUUUGCUCGUUCGCUCGUACCGAGGACCGGUCGAUCCCAUGGGUUCCUCCGUGUCUAAAUUGAGCCACGCUCCUCAAGGUGGGGUCACAGCCAACGAGAGCUUGUCUCGGUUCAUCUCAUCUGAACACCUGCCCGUGGCGCUGCCUUUGUGGAACACGCUCAUUUCCCAACCUUAUCCUAGGGUUGUCCUCAAAUCCGAUUGGGCUGAACUUCAGCGGGUCACAGAGGAGCCUCUCAAGCGCUUAUGCGUCAACAACCUCAAGACUCGUAAUGUGGCCACUCUUCUUCAAAUAUGGCUCAAUCGACAAGAGGAAUUGGUAUGCGCCCUCGAGACCCAGAGUGAGGUAUUUCUCCAACAGAGCGAGAACAUCCUCUUCUUGAGCGGAUUUGUCCUCAAGUUCAUGGUGGAACGGCUCAAAGAAGAAGAUCUUUGGCAUCAGUUUGAAACCGCCGAUUCCGAUGCCAACCCUACUGUAACUAUGGACCGAGAUUUACUGCGGGAGUUCAUUCAAAGCUUGAUUGAUCUGAUCUGCUCUUUACCUUUAACGGCCCAGACGUUGAAAUUGCACGUGGAGAGUGUGGGUGUGCUCAUUUACUUGCUCUCUUCGACCCUGACCUCCGCUAAGCCUUCAUUCCAAGUGAAAACGCUGCAGGCGUUUCUCACUUCAGACCAAGCUGCUGACUUGACGUGCGUUCUACUUCAACGAUACAUUGCCCAAAGUCCGGCUCCGGCUUCUUACUAUGGCGAGGAAGGGGGUAGUUUAGUUUUGGGAUUGGCCAAUGGCAUGUGGAACAUCUUAACCAUGGGCUACAGCUCGGUGACUGGACCCGCACUCAAUGAGGAACAAGCCGAAGGGUUUCCGGAGAGUUCGACCCCCUUGGCCGAUCUAUCGGUGCUCUUACUUUUAUUGCUCACAAAUUACUGUACGGAGAACUACAGUGUUCCGAAUCCCUUCCGGCGCGCCUUAUUUUCUUGUGCCAAUAUCCAAUCAGGCAAUGAGAAACACGUCGAGGACAACGAACCAGGCCAACACGUCGAGUCUGAUGACGCCGGUAGUAAGAAGAAAAGUUUGGCCGCCCAGGAAGCUCAAGAGCCUUCAGACAAGGUGGACGAGAACGGACAAUCACCAGCUUGUCGGACAGAUUUUAGUCUGCUUUUCGAGACCUUAUGUCAAACCAUGCACAAAGAAGAAUCUACUUUGGUGCUUUACAUUUUGCUCCAUCGGAAUUCCCAUUUUCGGACAUACUUGUUGGCCUCUUCGAACAUUGAAGCCUUGAUGAUUCCCAUAUUGAAGACGCUCUAUUUCGCCAAAGAUAGCACCAAUCACCACAUAUAUAUGUCGCUUAUUGUACUCCUGAUAUUGAGCGAGGACGACCUCUUCAGCACAUCUGUUCACGACAUCAUGUUGAAAAACGUUGAGUGGUACGCAGAGCGAACUCUGAGCCAAAUAUCUUUGGGAGGUAUCGUGAUAUUGGUUAUCAUCCGGACCAUUCAAUACAACAUGCUAAAGAUGCGAGACAAGUACCUACACUCGAACUGUCUGGCAUCCUUGGCCAACAUGUCCGGACAAUUCAAGAACCUUCAUCCCUACGUAAGCCAGCGGUUGAUCGCCAUGUUCGAGUCUUUGGCCAAGAAGCAUUCCAGACUUAUCGGAACGUUGCACAAUGUAGGAGAAAUCGAGGGUUUAAGUGAUGACUCUCCGCUGGCUGAAGCUCUAGCUGAUGUGUCGGCUUUGGAGGAGGUGCUUCGUAUGAUUCUCGAGAUAGUCAACUCUUGCCUCUUCCACCAGAUCAAGGCCAACGCUAACUUAAUCUAUGCAUUGCUGUACAAAAAAGAGGUCUUCCAGCCCUUCCUCACACAUCCAAACUUUCAAGACAUUUGCCAAAACAUCCAACUGAUAAUCAGCUUCUUCCAAGCCCGAUUAGACUUGACGCAAGAUAAGAAGGAAAGAAUUCUGAGUGUUACCGAGGUACAAGACGUCAUCAGAGAAACUGCAUUUGGAUUUCCCAAGGAAAAACUCGCACGAUUUCCUGAUUUGAAAUUCAAAUACGUGGAAGAAGAACAACCCGAGGAUUUCUUCGUACCCUAUUUGUGGAGCUUGGCUUCGAGAAAGCUCUAUUGGAAUCAGAAGUUCAUGCCCAUGACCAUGGAGGGCAAUAACUAAGACGGACAGCCAGCCACCAACGGCUUGCUUGGUUUCUCAACUAGGUAUUUUGUUACUUGCCAACUGGAUAAUAGGAUUGACGAGUUGGUAUCUUUUCCUGUAACAGCUUUACCAUCCAGUAGAACAUUAUUGAGGCAGCUAAAGACAUAAUUAUUCAUUCUGCAUAUCAUUUGACGUGAUCCAUCUCAACCACUUAAAAAUAAACCGAACGCAAUGUUUUGAUCUGG